UAGUUGAACAAAAUGAGUGUCGUAUUUUGUUGGAAGCAAGUUACUAUACCCCUACAUUCGUGCACUUCAUAGCCCCGCUGGAGUCAAUCUAUUAAAACUAUUUCACGAGUCGCUCAAUAUGUGAAACGCUCCAAAUUCUAGCUUGAACGGAUUGUGCUGCGCUCGUUUCGUUAUUAGGGCGCUGCCAAGUAUAGCCGAAGUGAUGACCAGAUCUCGCGUUUGCGGCGCAGAGCUAAUAAACAAUCUUAACAGUCAUGGCAUUCGUUGGAAGAGAUGGUCGCACGUCGCUCAUGACGAAAUUGUUUUGCAAGAAGCCCAUCGAGUCUAUCACCUAAUGAUCGCGUUUUUUUCUGGAAAACGAAAAAUAAAAUAAAUCAUCCUUACGCUUUAAAACUUUCAUUUCGGAGUUAGUGUUUGGUGCGUGACGAGCAGUCAUCAAUGAAAUAUUUAAUUAAUUCAAACUUGAGCCUGGGCAAAAUGUCGAGUCUCUUUACUGUGCAUACACAACAGCUCCCGGAAGCAUUUACACCUGACAAACUCGGUGUAAGGUAUAUUCCGUUGACAAGUUGGUAUCACGUACUUCGAAAUGGGCAUACAAAUUCAGAAGGACUAAUCCGGAUAUGGUAACAGUACGCAGUUUGAAGACUGUGUUGUUAUAAUUUCUAGGUAUGAAAAAAGCUAAAUUUUACCCUGUAAGGCCUCAACAGAUGCCUUGUUCACUUCUCACGAAAACGUAGCUUCUUAGAUCCGCCCAAAUAUUUUUUGGCUCAACAGAUUGCUUGAGGUACUUUCAGGUGGAACUUUAC